AUGGCCCUGUCUGUUGCACCUGUUAUUCCACACGACUUUGAUCAUGACGUUGAGCCUGGACAUGAGAUUGACUUUGUUCCCGACGAUCAGCUUUUUGAUGCACCCGCUGAUCUCGAGCCGAUACCUGCUGAUCCUGAGCAGGCACUUACACCUGAGCCUAUACCUGCUCCCAAUCCUCUGCCUGAUCAUGAUCCUGUACCUAUUGGCAUACCUGUUGUUGCACCACUUGUACCCGAUCCGAUCCCUGCACCCGCUGACCAUGUUGCUUUUGCUAAUCAGAUAGACCCCCGUUACGCUUUCACAAGUAAUGGGUGGAUAGAGGAUGAUGAUGAUAUGCCCCCUUUUGUUGAGCCUGUUACUCCCCCACACAUACCUGCACCUGUUGUCGCCCCUGUUCACCCGAUUAUAUCCGAUGUUCACCGCACUGACCUACCGAUCACAUUCUUGCAGGAUAUCCCUCCACCCCGUCCAGGGGAAGGUCCCUCUAGCCAGCAGCCUGGCCAUGUUCCACACAUCUCAGCCGCAUUUCCUUACAUGCCACAGUUUACACCUGCUACUCAUUUUACUUCUGCACUGUCAGGCGAGCCACUCAUAUGGUUUCCGCCGAACACUAUGCCAGUCUCUGAUCCAUACCAUCCCUCCCACUUUAUUGGCUACACGAGGGAUGAGCUACUCCUGUCCUUGCAGCUUCAGUAG